UGCGCAUGCGCAGUAGGAGUUUCCCAGAAGUUAUGAGUUCUGGUUUGGUUCCGAGCAAGACGACUGUUUACUGCUCUAAUUUGCCAUUCAGUUUGACAAACAACGACCUACACAAGGUAUUUGAAAAAUAUGGGAAAGUAGUCAAAGUGACGGUUUUGAAAAACAAGACAACACGUCAGAGUAAGGGCGUUGCGUUUGUACUCUAUCUUGAUCGUGUUGGAGCUCAUGCUGCCGUGAACGCAUUGCAUAACAAAGAGCUAUUUGGUCGGACAUUGAAGUGUAGUGUUGCCAAGGACAACGGACGGACACCAGAAUUUAUCAGACGCAAGACUUAUCCAGACAAAUCUCGAUGCUAUGAGUGUGGGGAGGAUGGACAUUUGAGUUAUCAAUGUCCGAAGAAUGCGUUUGGUGAAAGAGAGUUACCUGAGAAGAAAGUAAAGAAAAGAAAACGACCACAGCAACCAAAAGUUGGGAAGGUUGUGAGACGAGACGAAGAAGAAGAGGAUGAAGACGCUGAUGAUGAUGUGUCACUGGGUGAUGUCAUCCGUGAGUCGUGGGAGAAAGAGAAACGAGACGCAGAGACUGGCGGGCACAAACAGACAAAGUCGAGUGAGAGAAAGGCACUAAAACAGGGAUACUUUAGUGAUGAAGAUGCCAGUGAUUGAUCAAGGAUAUUUUCAUUGAUAUUAAUUAAAUAUAUAUUUAAAUUACUUACGUUACGUUAGUCUAUACAAUGACGUCAUCUGAUACAAUAACAGUAUAUAGUGCUCAUA